AUGUCUUUAGCAGAUGAAGUCCCCCGCGAGUGGGCCUCUUCCAUUCGCCCUUUCCUGCAGCGAGCUGAUGAAUUUCAAGAGCGGGUCCCCGUCGUCGCGUAUUUCCUCAGGACGCAUGCUGUGUACCUCGCCAUGAAGAUGUGGCGCAAAGAAGACGGCCCCGGCAAAGCGUUUAUCGUGAAGCUUCUUGACACACUUGAGUCUGAGAAAAAGAGGCUGGAGCAGGAACUCGCUGAUGUGGACGGGCGGGUGUUGCUCACACAGUACGCACUAAGAAUAUUUUCGAGAGCGGACGAUGAGGAGCGAAGUGAUGGAGUCGUGGCAAAUAUGAACCUUGUGCGGCUCUUCUUCACUGCUUCGCUCCUCUUCGAGGCAACGGCGCAAUUCACAGACGACGGUACUUUAGACCCUAUUGCAACGGAGAAGCGGGACUAUGCACGCUACAUAGCUGUUGAGAUGAAGAAGGCGAUGGACAAAGGUGUGCCGUAUGUGAGUCCCAACAGAACAGGGGGAAUGGUAGAAAGCAAUAAAGAACAUGAAGGAGAGAGUACUGGUGGUGGUGGCUUCAGCACAAAUUUCGUGCAGUCGCAGCAGCCGGGCUACGGACAAUGGUCAGCGCAAUAUGUGACACCUCAACCACCUCCUCCAUCGCAUGAACCUCCAGAGACACCCAUGUGGAGUGGUCCCGAAUCAACUAACACCUCAAGCACGCAGCAGCAACAACAAUCCACUCCAUUGUUUCAAACAACUGCUCAGCCUAACAACAGUAAUGACAAUAGCAACAUUGCAGCCGCUGUGUCGGGCGUCGCAGCCCCAAAAGGACCAACUAUGGACGCCAUUAUUGAGGCGCAAAACUACGCGAAGCAAGCGGUUAGUGCACUGCAGUUUUACGAUCACGAGGUGGCAUGUAAAAUGCUACGAUCUGCUCUGGACCUGCUCGCUCAACGUUAA